AUAGAUGCCCAACCAUUUCCUUUCUCCACCCAUGAAGUCUUUUUCAAGUUGAAGUGGAGACAGAUUUGUUAUCAGAGGGGAGAAAUGGAAGCUCAGGAGCACUGGAUGAUACACCUGCAGAGGGUCUUCUACCCUACUCUCGCAGCCAUUGGAAUCCCCUCUAACGUUAUGUCUUUCGUGAUCUUCUGGAGACGCAAAUGCAUGCUCUCCAAAUCGAGCACCUUCUACCUGAUGGCCAUCUCCAUAGCUGACACAGCUGUCCUGGUGUUUAUCGUGGUGUUGGAGCUCUCCGUUAAAUACCUCACGGUGGAGCCCUUCUGGUCUCAGGAACCAUGGUGCAGCCUACGAGACAUCUUCACUUACGGAGCCUCCAACACCUCUACAUGGCUGGUGGUGGCCUUCACUGCAGAGCGUUUCCUCUCCAUUACCACCUAUAGUCUCAGGAAGCACAUGGGCAUCCCUCAUGGUACAUUAUGGACCAUCUGCAUUAUCUGUGCGCUUAGUCACUUGCUGGCAUUGCCCUAUUACUGGGCCUACGUAUCCAUGUACAGCCAGGAUCUCCAACGCUGGGUCUGCAUAUAUAAACCCAAUGCCACCAUUCAGUACACACUCACCAUAGUGAGCAUGCAGACAAUUGUCUCCCACAUAUUGCCCUUUGUCAUUAUUGGCGUCCUGAAUGGCCUGACGCUGCGCCAGAUCUCUCUCAUUAAUCGAGUGCACAUAAUAUGUACAUCAGGCCAAAAGGUGACACCGCUGCUACGUUCACGAAAGAGGAAGUCUGUGGUGCUUUUGGUGACCGUCUCCAUGACUUUCGUGUUGCUGACCAUCACGCGCUCCAUCACUCAGAUCAUCCUGCGCACUAAGGGCUGGGCACUGAAUCGCGAUGACUACAGUCUGAGCAUAAAUGUUGCGGCGGAUAUCGGCACCAUGCUCAGCCUUAGCAACGCCGCCAUAAACAUGUACUUGUAUGCAUGCACACAGACCAGAUUCAGACAAGAAGUUAUUACCUGUGUCAAAUAUUCUCUGAGGAGAUGCUGCUUGAUCACAAAUGGUCCAUCAGGACACAAAUGAGGCCCUGUUUGGAAAAUGGAGGAGGUAAACACUCUUAGAAUAGCUAAGAGUUCUUAUCUUCCUAAAGGAGUGCCUCUCUGCUAUGAAACACCCGCCUAAAGGCUCUAAGGGUUCCCCUGGAGGAACAAACUGAAGAACCUUUAAGGGUUAAGACUGCAAUGCGUAUUAAUAUCUUUUACAAAAAGAGAAGUGCAAUAUGAUGUGUAGCCAAAUCAGAUCAGAUUCAUAUUAUUUGUUCAUCGGCCUGUAUUUUCCUCUUAAUUCAUAUGUUUAAGUUUCAGUUAUAACUUUAAUUGUUUAAGUAUCACUGUGCUGUUCUGAAGUUAUUGUACCUACUGUAGCAAUUGUGCUUCAUCCACUUUUACAGAUCUUUUUAUGUUUACAGGGAACUGAAAACUACAUGUGCUAUGAAACAAAAUGCACUGUAAAUAUAGUAAAAUACAAUGCCUCCAAUGAAUAAAUGCUUGGUUACCUUGAUGUUCAAGAAUUUAUUUAAUUU